UGCACACGGAGCUGCCAGCCCCGCUGGCUACAGGAGCGGCACCUGGCAGACUGGCAGGAAGGAGCUGGGGAACGUCGGGACAUCCUGGGCUCCCGUGCUUUUGGCUUUCCUGUGAGCUCAAGAAAAGACCACCCACCUCAGGAUGAACCCUCCCUCAGGACAAAGAGGCCCCCUGGGCCCAACCCGGGAGCCUGGCUGCGUGGCCACCCCAGUCUCACCCAGCAGCACCUCCAGCGUGGACCCCCCUCUGCCCUCCAGCCCCACGGCAGCCGAGGCUCAGGCUGCGGCCUGGGUCUCCUUCCCCACCGUCGACGUUCCAGCCCACGCCCACUACACCCUGGGCGUAGUGAUCCUGCUGGUGGGCCUCACAGGGAUGCUGGGCAAUCUGACAGUCAUCUAUACCUUCUGCAGGAGCAGAGGCCUCAGGACACCCGCCAACAUGUUCAUCAUCAACCUCGCCGUCAGCGACUUCCUCAUGUGCUUCACCCAGGCCCCCGUGGUCUUCGCCAGCAGCCUCUACAAGCGGUGGCUCUUCGGAGAGGCAGGCUGUGAGUUCUAUGCCUUCUGUGGGGCUCUCUUUGGCAUCACCUCCAUGAUCACCCUGACGGCCAUUGCCCUGGACCGCUACCUGGUGAUCACGCGCCCGCUGGCCAUCGGGGUGGUGUCCAAAAGGCGGGCGGCGCUCGUCCUGCUGGGCGUCUGGCUCUACGCCCUGGCCUGGAGUCUUCCGCCCUUCUUUGGCUGGAGUGCCUAUGUGCCCGAGGGCCUGCUGACCUCCUGCUCCUGGGACUACAUGAGCUUCACGCCAGCGGUCCGCGCCUACACCAUGCUGCUCUUCUGCUUCGUGUUCUUCCUCCCCCUGCUUGUCAUCAUCUACUGCUACGUCUUCAUCUUUAGGGCCAUUCGGGAGACAGGCCAGGCUCUCCAGACUUUCGGAGCCUGUGAGGGCCACAGUGAAUUGCCCCGGCAACGGCAGGGGCUGCAGAAUGAGUGGAAAAUGGCCAAGAUUGUGCUGCUGGUCAUUCUUCUCUUCGUGCUCUCCUGGGCCCCCUACUCCACUGUGGCCCUGAUGGCCUUUGCUGGGUACGCUCAUGUCCUGACGCCAUACAUGAACUCAGUGCCAGCCAUCAUCGCCAAGGCCUCUGCCAUCCACAACCCCAUCAUUUACGCCAUCACCCACCCCAAGUACAGAAUGGCCAUAGCCCAGCAUCUGCCCUGCCUGGGCCUGCUGCUGGGUGUGUCGGGGCAGCGCACCGGCCCUUACGCCAGCUACCGCUCCACCCACCGCUCCACGCUGAGCAGCCAGGCCUCGGACCUCAGCUGGGUCUCCAGACGGAGACGCCAGGAGUCCCUGGGCUCUGAAAGUGAGAUGACCAAGGGGCUGCUCCCUAGCCCGGACCCCAGGAUGUAG